AUGGCUAUGCUUCCUCGCGCCGCGCGCCCCGCCAUGGCCGCCAUCCACUCGGCCGCCCCCGUCGCCAUCGCCGCCCGCGCCGGAUUCCACUCGUCCGCCUCCCAGGCCGCCCCUCUCCGCGAGACCGAACAGCGCAUCAAGUCGGUCAAGAACAUCGAAAAGAUCACCAAGGUAGGUUACCAUCGCAUCACGCCGUCUCUCCGCCAAGCGCCAAGCGCCAUACAACCAGCAUUCCCCAACCAGCAUUUCUACGACCGACCCGCACUCCGCCCUUGCAGCCGCUCCUACAUCCCGCGGUCAUCCCACCCCGCACCACAUCCUCAGCGCACCUCCAUGAAGAUGAUCGCCUCCACCAAGCUCAACAAGGCCCAGCGCGCCAUGGCCGCUGCCAAGGCCUACGGUGACGCCAACAACGAGAUCUUCAAGAACUCCGAGGCCGUCGCUCCCGAGGGUGGCCGCCAGCUCUUCAUCGUCGUCUCCUCCGACAAGGGUCUCUGCGGCGGUAUCCACUCCUCCGUCACAAAGCGCACCAAGGCCGAGUUCAACAAGAUCGGUGCCGCCGCCGGCGACGCCAACUCCUCCGAGGGCCCCGCCAUCAUCGUCCUCGGCGAAAAGUCCAAGGCCCAGCUCGGCCGCGCGCUCCCCAAGAACAUCUCGCUCUCCUUCAACCAGAUCGGCAAGGACGUCCCCACCUUCGCCGACGCAACCGCCAUCGCAGACCAGAUCAUCAAGUCCGGCAUCAAGUUCGACAAGGUCAACCUCAUCUACAACAAGUACGUCUCGGCCCUCUCCUUCGAGUCCGACGUCAUCGAGGUCUUCUCCGAAAACGCGCUCCGCAACGCCACCCAGUUCAAGCUCUACGAGCAGGAGGACGACGUCACCAAGGACCUCGCCGAGUUCGCCUUUGCCAACGCCGUCUACGCCGCCCUCGUCGAGGGACACGCCUCCGAGAUCAACUCCAAGCGCAACGCCAUGGACAACGCCUCCAAGAACGCCGGCGACAUGAUCUCCAACCUCAACAUGAUCUACAACCGCGGUCGACAGGCCGCCAUCACCAACGACCUCGUCGACAUCAUCACCGGUGCCUCCGCUCUUUAA